AUGGUAGCAACAAACGGUGUCAACGGAAGCUCCAGCCAUGAAUACGGCAUGACUUUCGAAAUCACUCCACCAACCGCCGUCCGCCCCGGUGCUCCCUUCACCCUCCCCGUUAUCGUGGCCAUCCGAUCAGGGAACCCAGGGAACGGCACUGAACAAUUGGCUGCCAAUGUGUCUUUGAAAAGCGAAUCUGGCGCAACUGUCACAGGUCUAGGAGGCCCUCUUACUUCCAGCGUGCGCAGCCGCAACGGAAAUACGACCAGCGGAUACGCGAAGUUCAGCCCUCUUACUAUCUCGCAGCAGCCUGGGCGGUACAAGUUGCGGGUUAUGUUGGGAGCUGCUUCGCAGAACGGAGUUAUGGCCAAGGAAUUUAUUGACUCGGGAGUUAUUACUGUUGAUGGGGGGGCAUCAGCAUCUCAGAGGCCUACUGCAGCACAGGUAUCCAAACUCCGAAGCCUGACGGCGGAGAACAUCGAGAUAACAGACGCGGAAAUUGCAGCGUGGCAGCAGGCUUGA